CCCGCCGGCCGCUUGAGCCGCUUCCUGGGCGCACUGCCCCCGGCCGAGCGCCUACGUGGCAGCGACCCGGUGCUGCGCGCGCGGGCCCUGGUGGCCUUCCAGCGGGGCGAGUACGCCGAGCUCUACCGGCUACUCGAGAGCCGCCCCUUCCCCGCCGCCCACCACGCCUUCCUGCAGGACCUCUACCUGCGCGCGCGCUACCACGAGGCGGAGCGGGCUCGCGGCCGCGCGCUGGGCGCAGUGGACAAGUACCGACUGCGUAAGAAGUUCCCGCUGCCUAAGACCAUUUGGGACGGCGAAGAGACCGUCUACUGCUUCAAAGAGCGCUCCCGCGCUGCGCUCAAGGCCUGCUAUCGCGGCAACCGCUACCCAACGCCGGACGAGAAGCGCCGCCUGGCCACGCUCACCGGCCUCUCGCUCACGCAGGUCAGCAACUGGUUUAAGAACCGGCGACAGCGCGACCGAACUGGAGGCGGCGGCGGCACGCCCUGCAAGAGCGAGUCUGAUGGGAACCCUACUACUGAGGAUGAGUCCAGCCGAAGUCCAGAGGACCUGGAGAGGGGAGUGGCCCCAGUGGCCCCAGAGGCUCCCACCCAGGGCUCCAUAUUCCUGGCUGGGGCCACUCCUCCUGUGCCGUGCCCUGCCUCUUCCUCCAUCCUGGUGAAUGGGAGCUUCCUGGCGGCCAGCAGCUCUCCAGCAGUACUCCUCAAUGGGAGUCCAGUCAUCAUCAACAGCCUGGCCCUGGGCGAGGCUUCCAGCUUGGGCCCCCUACUACUCACAGGGGGCGGGGGUGCCCCUCCACCUCAGCCAAGUCCCCAAGGGGCCAGUGAGGCUAAGACCUCUCUGGUUCUGGACCCUCAGACAGGGGAGGUUCGGCUGGAGGAGGCUCAGCCUGAGGCCCCUGAGACCAAGGGGGCCCCAAUGGCUGCUUCAGGGCCAGGUGGAGAGGAGGUCCCAGGUCCCCUGCCCCAAGUGGUGCCUGGUCCCCCACCAGCUGCCACCUUUCCUCUGCCCCCAGGACCAGUGCCUGCUGUGGCUGCUGCACAAGUGGUGCCACUCUCCCCACCACCUGGGUACCCUACGGGCCUGGGCCCUACCUCCCCACUGUUGAACCUGCCUCAGGUGGUGCCCACCUCACAGGUGAUGACCCUGCCCCAGGCUGUGGGGCCACUGCAGCUGUUGGCAGCUGGGCCGGGCAGCCCUGUGAAGGUGGCAGCUGCAGCAGGCCCUGCCAAUGUGCACCUGAUAAACUCCGGGGUAGGCGUGACUGCUCUGCAGCUGCCUUCUGCCACUGCCCCAGGAAACUUCCUCCUGGCCAACCCUGUAUCUGGCAGCCCUAUUGUGACGGGUGUGGCUGUGCAGCAGGGCAAGAUCAUCCUCACAGCCACCUUCCCUACCAGCAUGCUAGUCUCCCAGGUCCUGCCACCAGCCCCCAGCUUGGCUCUGCCCCUGAAGCCAGAGACAGCCAUCUCAGUGCCUGAAGGAGCCCUCCCAGUUGCCCCCAGCCCUGCUCUCCCGGAGGCCCACACCCUAGGCACCCUUUCUGAGCAGCAGCCUCCACCCCCUGCCACCUCCACCACCUCUGCAGCCAGCCUGCCCUUCUCCCCAGACUCCUCCAGCCUCCUGCCCAGCUUCCCAGCACCCCCGCCGGAGGGGCUCAUGCUAUCACCUGCAGCUGUGCCCAUAUGGCCAGCAGGGCUGGAACUCAGCACGGGAGCAGAGGGGCUGCUAGAAGCAGAAAAGGGGCUGGGGACGCAGGCCCCCCACACCGUGCUGAGGUUGCCAGACCCCGACCCUGAAGGGCUGCUGCUUGGGGCCACAGCUGGGGCCGACAUUGAUGAAGGACUGGAAGCUGAGGCCAAGGUCCUGACACAGCUACAGUCGGUGCCUGUGGAAGAGCCCUUGGAACUGUGACCCGGCUUGGCCUCAUCAUCUCUCCUGACAAUGGUGCUCACGAUGCAGGGACAGGACCUGGGAGGAGGGAACCUCUUAGAAACUCAGUUGCUGCAAUCUGAAGAUUCCACGCACACUGUGCCCCUCCUGCCCAGUUAACUUCUCCAAGCCCAGGAGGUGCCAAGGGGACUUGCCGUGUCCAGGACACUCACUCUCUCUGGAUGAGAGGCCUCUGUUACAGCCUUCUACUUGCUGUGCCCUACCAUAUAUAUGGGGAACUUGGGGGUCCUGACUAAAGAGCUCUGCCCCCCCACCUGCUACUAGCUGUGAGCUGAAAUCCUGCCAAAUGGCUGGAUUUGCAACCCCCAUGUGCCCUCUCCCUAUCUAUCACUCCCUAAAACACUAUUAAUAGCUCCACUGAUACCCAGUGUUCUCAGAACUGCUGGGAAUCCAAGGGUGGAGGGCAGGCAGACCUUCCUUCAAAGGGAUGCAGCUGUGGGGAGGGCAAGGGUCUUCCUCCAUUAGCUCUCCUGGACUAGAACCCUCAUUCUUAUGUCCAGCCCCAGACCAAAGACUCCUUCAUCACUGGGCAACCCUGACCCCUGUGUCUAGUUUGUAUCCUAAAUCUUUAUUUUUCUAGGACAUGUUACGCCUCCAUUUCGGUUAAAAUAAAGUUGACAGACAACACACCUA